CGGUGCCCGCCGUGCCCGCGGAGGGAGGGCCCUCGCCCGGAGAGCGGCCAAUCCGGGCGGGCGCUGGCGGCGAGCAGGGGCAGAAUGGGCUGUAGUUGAGUGAAAUAGGGAAAGCGGCGAACAGUGUGGAGCGUUCCCGGUGUAAAUAAAAGGGGGAGGAAAAAAAAAAAAGUUUGUGGAAGUCGCCGCCCUGCAGCCUCGCUCGGGCAGCGGUGCGGGGGCUUGUGCGGUGCGGGAGCCCGGCACGGAGGACUUUAGUGCGCGGCGUUAACACGCUCUGCCUAUUGUUUGUGUUUUUUUCCAAAAUAUGGCAAAGGUUCAGGUGAACAAUGUAGUGGUGUUGGAUAAUCCUUCUCCUUUCUACAAUCCUUUCCAGUUCGAAAUCACAUUCGAGUGCAUAGAGGACCUGUCUGAAGAUUUGGAAUGGAAAAUAAUUUAUGUGGGUUCAGCUGAAAGUGAAGAGUAUGAUCAGGUGUUAGACUCUGUUUUAGUCGGACCUGUUCCUGCAGGCAGACACAUGUUUGUAUUUCAGGCUGAUGCACCUAACCCAGGGCUUAUUCCAGAUGCAGAUGCAGUAGGUGUAACAGUUGUGCUAAUUACAUGCACUUACCGAGGGCAAGAAUUUAUUAGAGUUGGCUACUAUGUAAACAAUGAAUAUACUGAAACAGAACUGAGAGAGAAUCCACCAGUAAAGCCAGACUUCUCUAAGCUUCAAAGGAAUAUUUUGGCAUCUAAUCCCAGAGUCACAAGAUUCCACAUUAACUGGGAGGACAACACUGAAAAACUGGAAGAUGCAGAGAGCAGUAACCCAAAUCUACAGUCUCUGCUUUCCACAGAUGCAUUACCUUCAGCAUCAAAGGGAUGGUCAACAUCAGAAAAUUCACUAAAUGUUAUGUUAGAAUCUCAUAUGGACUGCAUGUGACUAACCACCAUCGUUUUGGUACUGUAUAUGUGUUAAACUGUAAAAACAACCAGAACUAUUUCCCUCAAAUUCCAUAAGUACAUAGUUUGAUGAGCAAUGUGAAGAACUUGUUUUAAAACAUCCUGUAGAAAGUUUAUAAAAAAAACCAAAAAAACCCAACAAACAAACAGUAUUUGAGCAAAUUGUGGAAUAUAAAUACAACUAUUUUUAAGUAAUUGCCUUUUUUUCUAAUGUGUUAUUCUAUGUGGUCUGAACCAAACCUGAUUAAAGUAUAUGUAUUCUCCCCCCUCCCCCUUUACUUUGUAAGCACUAUUAAAAGCUAAAAAAAAAAAAGUUUAAAGGUUAAAACAUUCAGGCAGAAUGAAGGAAUAAUGCCAUGUCCUUGUCUCUGAUACCCAGAUUGCCAAAUAUAAAGUGCCCUUUAAUAGCAGCUUAAGAACAAAACUGUCAUUAGAUGAAGUGCAAAGAAAAAAGUAUCUCUGAUUAAAAAAAAAAAAGUCCAAAAAUGUCCUUUUGCUCUAAAAGCAGAUAGCACAGUAUAAUUUUAGGUGCAAUAUUCUUUUUUUUCAAGGCACAUACUUGUUACUUAAAGCAUGCAAUUUGAGAUUUACCAUCUGCUAUUUUGGAUUUUAGGACUUUUUUUUUUUUUUUUUAAAUCUCCUCCUGCUGCUCUUUAGUCAAACAGUGGUUUGUUCAGGACAGUAUUUCAUGGGGAUUUGAGUGGGUAUCUCAGGAAAGAACCCUUUUUCAGCCACCUUAAUAGCAAUUGGUUGGAAGGAUGCAAGCAAUUACUAAAAAGUUUUAAGUGUCAAAAGGAAUGGUGUGAGUAUCCCAAAAAUGUUCUUCUGUAAGAUUAUUAUGUACCACUGCUGGUUGGUAUGGUUAUUUUCAGGUAUGCUUUGUUCUUGUAGUCUUUUUCACUAGUAAUAAGGAGUUUAGAUGUUGUCUUUCAUUUUUUUUGAAACGCCUGGAAUUGAAAACUUCUGUUUUCUCUCUACUGUUUAAGGCAACCCUAUGCAUUGGUAUAAAUCAAGAUUCAAAUCCUGUUGUGGCAGGCAGAAUACAUUACUUGCCCUGAAGCUCUUGCACUGAGAUGUCCCUAUUACCUGAGGCAUCCUUGAAGACAAAGAACUAAGCAGUAAACUGUAAAGACUUAAGACAUCAUUAUGACACUAACAAUUUAGUUAUUCUUCCAGUCCUCAUUAGCUUUAUACAUAUACUCUUGGCAGUAUGUGCAUUUACAUUUUAAUCUGUCAUGCCAGAUUACAGGAAUAUAAUUCUGCUAGUUAGAAGUAACCGCCCAAACUGUGAACCCUUGUAGGUUCCAGGCCCUUCAAAAAAAGGUAGAUUUCAUGAUGACUGACAGUAGAGCUCUGAAUAAAAAUAGAAUGCUUUCUCUUCUCUUUCUGCAUUCUCUAAUGUGGAUGAAGAUGUGCCAGGCAGUUAGUGCUUCUGUCUUUCCACAUUGUUAGUGAAAUUGUCUUCAUUUUGAACAUGUAUAUUUUUUUAAAUUGGAAAGGAGUUAUCUGAAUGUACAUGCAUAUGGAAGCUCAGCAGUACAUAGGGUAGCUGAAUGAAUUACUGAAAUCCAUUAAUAUUUGGAACCAUAAUUCUAAUGUGUGCUCCUAAAAAUCUCUCUGUAAUUGUUUAAAUGAUGACUAGCAAUUUAAAAGUAUUAACACUGUAAUAUUGGUAUGACUUAACAGAAUUGGUUCCCUAAACUAGCAGUUGUUUCACUUGAGGGCUGAAGUUCUGUGAACUUUUAAGAAAGGUCUUUGGUUUUCAAUUAUAUUGCAACUUUCAGGUCUGUAGUGACGUUUUGAGAUUUUUCAUGCACUUUAUUGUUCUAUUUAUAACUCUAUUUUAAAGAUAUAUCUUAAAUGUAAGCAUGUAAAUAACUUAGUCAUCUGCUGAAGCACUGAUGGGCUUGUGAAGUCUGCCUUGAUCUAAGGCUACAGUAGUAGCAUUUCAAACUCUUGCACCUAUUGAAUAUUCAAAUGAAAACAUGAUCAAGUACAAGCUUUAACCAGAAUCCAUCCAUCAGUAGCAUGAAGGCUUCUUAGAAGCCUAUGCCACAAAGUGGUGAAAGCAGAACCUAUUGCUGCUAUUGCACAAUCAGCUACAAAAUAUAUAGUCUCACCCAGCAAACCCAUUAAUUUAGAGAAAUUGGAAAGUGAAGCUCUGUUGUUCUGUUAAGGAGCAAAAGAGUCAACUGUGCACGUGAAUUUGGGUGCAAUAAACUUGAAGCUCAACUGUAUGGCAGAUGCUGCAGUAGAAUUUGGCACCACCUUACCUGACACACUAACAUGUCCUAUAUUUAGCUGACCUAUCAGUUACGGGAGAAAGAAUACUGUGCUUGGUGAAAAUUGGAGAGGAACAACUCUACCUCAUCAUCUUUGCAAGAUAAAUGGCUUUUCUAUGCCUUUUGAGAGGUUCGAUGCCUUUCAGGUCUUCUACAGCUUUGUCCACAUCUUAGCAAUCCAUACACACUGAGUAUCAUGUUUCCUGAUAAAAAUCAUAAUCCAGAUGCAUGGAAUUUGAGAAACCAAGUUCCAGUACUCCACAGGCUUCAGGCAAUAUCACACAUAACUUAGUGUUAUUAAAAGAUAGAGUGCAUGUAGGGCAUCUGUAAAGACCUAUCCAUGAUCUCUGUAAGUUUUCAAACAGCAGGGUUGUCCAUAUGACACAGCCAGCCAUUGCUGACAGCCCAGCAUUAGAAUUUUAAGGUUGAAGAUGAAUUCGCUUUCCUGGGAACUUCUACUCGCAGAGACCACCAAGAUAUGAAGAAGUGCUACAGAGUCUAUUGACAGGACUGUUGAUGCAUCUUGGUGUAUUUUUACCUCAGACAGAUAGCUAGUUUCGUUAGAAGACUGUCAUAAUGCUUAUCAGAGGUUAGUCAUGUACAAAGAAGUAAGUGGAUCAGACAAGGUAACAUGACGGAUUAAAAACAGAGGUGGGGUUUUUAUGUCUAGCUUGAAAAAAAAUUGUCCAUCUUACUGUGAUUUAUUCAGGUGAUUUAUUCACCUUCAGUCUGAAUUCCUAUGACACUUAAGUUUGAUAGGGGCAAAAAGGCUCCAGCUCCAUCAUAGUGGAGAAAAUUUCAUCUUUCCAGUGGCUUUUACAAAGCUGACCCUUACUACCAAUCUUCAACAGCGCAGCAACUCAGAACUUUGCUAAAAUAAAUGCAGUAACUUAG